AUGUCGGGUGCGACGGGAGCCGCCGGGGGUCACACGCCGGCCCGCCCGCCCGCCGCGGCAGCCAUGGCACCGGGGGAGCCGCGCCGCCGGCUGGAGGCGGUGCUCGGCGCCCUCUACGACCUGGGUGGGUGCGCGGGGCCGGGACGGGCGCUGCGCCGGCACCGCGGUCCUCCCUGGGUGCCGGGGAGGGAGGGGAAUGGAGGGGAGGGGGCAGGGCGUGGGCGCUCCGGAGCGGAGCGGCGCGGAGCUGACCCCGGCAUGUGCUUGGCACAGACCCAGAUAGUGAAUGAAGAGAAGAAUGCAGUCAGACAAGAAUUUAACUUUGAAAAGGCUCGCCUGGAAGUGCACAAGUUUGGAAUCACUGGCUACAAGAAGCAGGAGCAACGUGUUUGGGAACAGGAGCGUGCUAUCAUGCUGGGAGCCAAGCCCCCCAAAAAGACACAUGUGAACUACAGGACUUACCAAGAGAAGCUGAAAGAGAAAAAAGCAGCGACAGAUGCUGAUAAGGAAAAGGAACAUAAAGGUGAUUCUAUUAAGAAGAAGAGGAAGCAGAAAGAACAGGAGAGGAAGGCCAAAAGGAAGAAAUCAGUGCCUAGCAUUUGGCCUGCAGGACAAGUUGGAAAAUUCAGAAAUGGGACCUUGAUUUUGCAAAGCCGUGACAUAAAGAAAAUUAAAUCAUCUAAAGUUAGCAAAUGAACUUCAUGAUACAGAGUGAAGUGGACAAUAUGCAUAAGAGAAUUCACAUUGCUAUGAACACAGACUUCUGAGGCCUGUUGCCUAUCCAGCAUAUCCUAAUUUUUUAAUAUUAUUUGUUAUUAUGGGAUUUUUAUGUACCAUUCUGCCUUGGGAUGAAUAUCAGAAUUUACCAUUUUAUAAAUAAAGAUUAGAGUUCUUACUAAGAAGAUUAUACAGGCUAUUUUUAGUAGUCAGUAUGUGCUAAAGAAAACAUUUCUUCUUGUAGAAUUGGCUUAUUGGCUGUAAGUAAAAUACUCAUUUAAUCCAUAAAUUAAUGGAUUAAUACAUAUAUCUUUCAUUCAGAAGGAAUUUGGAAAAAGCAGUAUCUUACUCUGAACUGGAAGUAGGUGUUCUCCAAACAUUUAUUGGACAUACAUCUUUUUUUUUAUCCUUAUGGAUUAUUGGUGGAUAGUGGAACUGCACAAUAAUUUUUCUGUCCCACAAAACCUCUUAAUGUUUCAAAAUUACCUGCUUUGGAAUUAAAAUAAUACUUUUCUGAAGUUUUGUCCCAGACAAGCAUUACACACUCGUAUGUCUCUGUAGACAUCUCCAAAUAAGCACUUUGUAAUAGUGGUUUGGUGGCUUGGUUGUUUGGUUUUUAAAAACAAAACCAUGUAGGACUGAGCCAAAUGAGUAUGGACACUGAAAAGCUACUGGUUAUCCUGGUUAAUCCAUGUUUGUUUUGAUUCCAUGCUUCUUAAGGCUUUUCUAUGAAAUCUUUACCAAAACUGCCUUUUAGUGCUAUUUGGAUUUCAGCAGUCUGGUGUUUCUGGAACAACAUUGAUUGUCUUCUAUAGCUAAAUAUUUUAUUUUGUUGCUUUUAAGGUCCAUCCAUUAAAAAUGGCAAUUGUUAGUAACA